UCCCUUUUGCGACAGCGCGUCCUAGCGCUUUGCGGCGCGUACGCACAGAGGGAGGGCGGACCUCCCCAAGAUGGCGUCGCCCUUCAGCGGAGUCCUGCAGCUGACCGACUUGGACGACUUCAUCGGACCCUCGCAGGACUGCAUCAAACCCAUCAAAGUAGACAAGAAGCCUGGAAAAGCAAUCGCUAAGAUCCGCAUCGAGGACGAUGGAACCUACGUCCAAGUGGAUCCGGACGGCCGUUCGCGCAAACUGGAGAAGGCCAAGAUUACGCUCAAUGACUGCUUGGCUUGUAGUGGAUGCGUCACUUCGGCCGAAAGCGUCUUGGUUGCACAGCAAAGCCACGAAGAGCUCCUCCGGGUCUUGGACGCCAAUAAGACAUUAGAUCCUGCUUCCCGGAAGCUGGUGGUAGUUUCUGUCUCGCCUCAAUCCAGAGCUUCUUUGGCGGCAAGGUUUCAAUUGACUCCUUUGGACACAGCCAAGAAACUGACUGCCUUCUUCAAAAGAUUAGGUGUUGAUUUUGUCUUCGAUACAACAUUCUCCCGGAACUUCAGCCUGAUAGAAAGCCAGCGGGAGUUUGUCCAGCGCUUCCGGAGGCGGUCGGAAGACAAGGGGGCUUUGCCCAUGCUAGCCGCUGCUUGCCCCGGCUGGAUCUGCUAUGCUGAAAAGACCCACGGGAGCUUUAUCCUCCCCUACAUCAGUACUGCCAAGUCACCACAGCAGGUCAUGGGGUCCCUGGUGAAGAGCCACUUCGCCGAGCAGCAGCAUGUAGCGCCCAGCCAGAUCUACCACGUGGCAGUGAUGCCUUGCUACGAUAAGAAGCUGGAAGCCUCCCGGCCAGAUUUCUUCCUCCAAGAGCAUCAAACCCGGGAGGUGGAUUGUGUCAUUACGACUGGAGAAGUCCUAAAGCUCUUGGAGCAGGAAGGGGGAUCCCUUUCCGAAGUGGAACCUGCCCCCUUGGAUGCCAUUUUUAGCGAUCUCUCCGAGGAUCAGCUCCUCAAGGGCCACUCUGGGGGUGGCUCCGGGGGCUACUUGGAGCACAUCUACAAACAUGCAGCAAAGGAACUCUUUGGGAUCCAAGUAGAAGAGAUUCAGUACAAAACCCUAAAAAACAAGGAUUUCCAAGAAGUGGCCCUGGAGAAGGACGGGGAGACCCUCUUGCUCUUCGCCCUGGCCUACGGAUUCCGGAACAUCCAGAACGUGGUGCAGAAACUCAAGCGGGGGAAGUCGCCCUACCACUACAUUGAGGUGAUGGCCUGUCCGUCAGGGUGUUUGAACGGCGGGGGCCAAAUCAAAGCGGAAGGGGAAACCAGCAAGGACCUGCUCCAGGAGGUGGAGAGUGUGUAUGAAUCUGUCCCGCCGGAGGACCCAGAGACAAACAGAACUGUUGCGGACCUCUACGAGCAGUGGCUGGGCGGCCCAUCUUUGGAGAGGAUCCGAGAGGCCCUCCACACGCAAUACCAUGCAGUGGAGAGGGCCAACACAGGCUUUGGUAUCAAGUGGUGAAAGCGAGAAGGGACAGACCUAAGAAUCGCAUGGAGGUUGCAAGGGUCCUCUCCACUUCUGGGACGGAGCUGGCAAGACAGGAGACUACCUUUUCCUUAAAUCCCUAUGGGAUUGGAUUAGGAUAAAUGUCAUGAUGUCUGAGUCUAAGAUCAGCAGCGUUCAUUGUCCCAGUAAGUAGCUUCACUCUCUCAGUAAUAUCACAUAAUGUGCCUCUGCUCAAAAAGCACAGAUUUAGGAGAUACUUCCAACGGCAGCAUCACGGGAUACAAGCAGUUCCUCUCCUUUGUAUCGGAAAAGACAUUGCAUCGUAGUAAUCUUCUAUAUCUAAAAAUGUAAUAAUAAAGUUUAUGUAUCUA